AUGGUCGUAAUGGUCUGUGGACAGAGUGCAACCGCUCCUGCACUUGAUUGGCCGUCAAAGCAUCUGCGCAUCCUCGCCGUCGCAUUCCCUCGAGAGUGCGGCUCGGUUCAGCAGUUGAUCGAAGCAAACCCAGCGGAGUGGGAGGAGACGAUCACGACCGGCAUCCGAGACGACUUGGCAGAACUCGUGAAGAUGCUGGGGGGCCGAGCAUCGAGCGGUCUUCGCCUGCAACGGCUCGAGUGGCGAGUGGCGGAGUGGGAUGAUUAUUUCCAGCUCGAGUUCCUUCCGACUGCGGUCCUGAGCACGUAUGUGCCACCUCCGACGGCGCUGUACGACCAGACGAAGCUGGAGACAUUGGUCGACGGGCCGGUCGUAUUCGGCGGGGUCACCUACCAGGUCAGCCUCGCAUGA